GAGAGCACGGCAGUUGAGCACAAGACUCGACAGAUCCCCCACCAAAGCAGGGAGUAUUUCGUGGGGAAUCAUCCUUGGCAGACCGCGGCUCCCGGAAUUGAUCCCGGAACACAUCCCGGACACUUCGGGAUUCACCCCGGAUUCACCUUAUUAAGUCCGAGAUACGGCCCCGGGGCUGGAUUGAAGCCCAACUUUGACAAAAUGGAAAAAUACGACGUUCUGAUUUGUGGCAGCGGAUCCGCGGGUCUCUGCGCGGCUACUUGGCUUGCCAAAUAUGGUGUCCGAUGCAAGGUAUUGGAGCGCAGGGAUGGUCCUAUGAAGAUGGGCCAGGCCGAUGGUGUGCAGUGUCGGACUGUGGAGAUAUUUGAAAGCUUCGGUGUUGGCGAGGAGCUCCUCCGCGAAGCUUAUCAUGUCCUUGAAGUCAACUUCUGGGCCGAUGAUGGCACAGGCAUCAAACGCACUGGCCGUACGGCAGAUACCCAGCCUGGUCUAUCACACCAGCCUCACGUUAUCUUGAACCAAGCUCGAAUCAAUGGGCUCUUGCUCGAGUUGAUGAAGAAGACCAACGAUCAGCAAAUCGACUAUGGUUACAAUGUGACCAACGUUGAAGUGGACAGCGCCACUGCUGACGAUUUGAACGCUUAUCCCGUCAAAGUCACCGCAGAGAAAGAUGGAAAGACCGAAGUCUUUGCAGCCAAAUAUGCAUUGGCUUGUGACGGGGCACACAGCAUCGUCCGCAAAGUCCUCGGGUAUCGCAUGAUUGGAGACAGCAGCGAUGCAGUCUGGGGUGUCAUGGACAUGGUGCCCCGAACAGACUUCCCAGACAUCCGCAAGAAGUCCACUAUUCGCUCAAAGGCUGGGAAUAUCUUGAUCAUUCCUCGUGAGGGUGAGAACGAUAAUCUCACCAGAUUUUAUAUUGAACUUCCUGCCGGGACAAACCCAAAGGAAGUCACACUCGAAAGCCUGCAGGAACAGGCACAGAGGAUUUUACAUCCUUAUCAAGUCGACUUUGUGGAGACUGUCUGGUGGUCGGCAUACGCGAUCGGACAGCGUCAUGCUGAUUUCUUCCACAAGGACCACCGAGUAUUCCUCGCCGGCGAUGCUUGCCAUACUCACUCGCCCAAGGCCGGUCAGGGUAUGAAUGUCAGUCUGCAAGAUGGAUACAACAUUGGCUGGAAACUUGGUGAAGUUUUGACCGGUCUGGCCAGUCCAUCGCUGCUUGAGACUUACGUUGUAGAACGUCAGAAGGUUGCCAUUGAUCUCAUCAACUUCGACCGCUAUUUCUCAAAAUUGUUCUCAUCUGGAGCCCAAACAUCUGCUGCUGAGUUUCAGAAGGGCUUUAUCCAGUCUGGAAAAUAUACUGCUGGCUUGACAGCCAAGUAUGACAUUUCACCCAUUACUUCGGCAUUGGAAUCUACGCAACUAGCUUGCAAUGUGGUCGUCGGAAUGCGACUACCCAGCGCACAGGUCGUGCGCUUCUGUGACUCCAAGCCUUCACAGCUCAUGACAGCCCUCAAAUCGGAUGGCAGAUGGCGCAUCAUGGCCUUUGUGGGUGACUUGGCUACACCAGGACAGCAAUUAAAACUAAACAAGCUUGGUGAAUAUUUGGACGCAGCCGACAGUCCGAUCCACAGUUUCACCCCGCGAGAUCAAGAUGUCGAUAGUCUGAUCGAGACAAUUGUUAUCGGACAUGGAAAGCGACACGACGUGGAACUAGAUGACAUUCCCAAGUGCUUCUAUUCAAUUUCAGGCAAGAAUCAGACCAGAGAUCUUCACAAAAUCUAUUACGACGACGAUAGUUACAACAUGGGACACGGCCAUGCAUACGAGCAUUUGGGAAUCGACCCAGCACAAGGUGCCAUCGUGAUUGCUCGGCCAGAUCAAUACGUCUCUGCCGUCAUUGACCUGGCGGAUUACCAGCAGGUUGGCAAUUUCUUUGCUGGGUUUCUUAAGCGUCAAACGUAG